GUGCCAGCUACAGCUCCCUGCGCACCAACGGUGUGCGAUCCUGGGUUUCCGAGAACGUUCAGACAGCCAGGAGUCUGGCGACUGCUGCCGUACAGAAGUCGCGUGCUGCUGCCAUGCGUCAGGUCCAAUGGUCUGUGGACACGACUAAGGCGAUGACUCAGUCC